AUGAAGACCUCAUCACCAAACACAGCUCUCUGUUUGCGAAAACUACCUGCGAAGGCCUUGUAUCAUCUGCACACGGCGUACCUAUUCAGCUGCAGCGAUCUGGAAGCAAUUGUUAUAGCACCGUUCAUAUUUGCACUGCUCGCUUCACAAGCGGCACCCUUGUUAUCAAUGGGCGACCCCCCAUGGUCUAUGCCUAUUCUGCUGAGGGCACCACAGAUGAUAAUAUGGUCAUGGAGCGGUCUAUUGCUUUUCAAUCUCCAUAAUCAGCGACACCGUCAGUCAGUGGAAGAGGACGCCGUUAACAAGCCAUGGCGACCAAUUCCUUCAGGUCGACUCACUCCAGAACAGGCAACAGUGGUUCUUUUUUGUUUGUAUCCGUUGAACUUGAUUGUAUCAUUGGCCGUUGGGGGCUUGGUUCCUCUGGCUGUGAUCACUACUUUUUCUGUGUGGAACAAUGAGUUUCAAGAUCGAUCAGGAGGCUUUCUCAAGAACAUCCACAAUGGGAUGGGAAUCACAGCUUUCCUAGCAGGGCCUCUUGAAAUUGCCACUGGGAACUCCAUAUUUGGUGGACAAGCCAUUGCUGCGGGCUGGCUGGGUGUGAUUGCGAUGACUAUUACAUGCACCAUCCACGUCCAGGACCUCAGAGACAUGGAGGGAGACGCAGUCGCUGGGAAGAGAACUAUACCUAUUUUGAUGGGUGAGAUGAACGCUCGACUAUUUGUCGCACUUGGAGUCGCAUUUUGGUCAGCGUUUGGCUGCUGGUUUUGGGAUACUUGGAUGGAAGGAAUAUUGAUGGCAGGGUUAGGAUUGACAUUGAUAUCGAAUAUGGUUGGUAUUAGGACAAGGGCUGGAGAUCGGAUGUCGUAUCGACUGUGGGCUCCAUGGCUUCUGGCUCUGGCACUCCUUCCAUAUAUGAAGAGUUUGAGAUGGGGCCAGUAA